GAUGUCAGCUCAUGAUGAAAUCCUGUAACCAAUCAAAUCCCUACAAACCAACACUUGAAUACAUGGAUUUAUUGGAGUUUCACACCUUUUGUAAGCAGCGAGAAAAUAAUGAAUGAAUGACUGAGAAAUAAUCAAAAUAUGAGUCAAAGUAGAGUUGUUACAUCCCCAUUCUAUUGUGAAAUAUGUUAAAAUUGUUGUUGUAGAUAUAUUUAAUAAUGUCUUUGCCAUGUAAGCAGCUGACGAGAAGGCAACGAAAUAAAAGAUGGUACCAUUUUAUUCUGCUAAAACUGUAGUUCUUGCUUUGUUCAAAUUCAUUAAGGGGAAUAAAUGUAUGAAAUUUCUGAAAAAACGCCUCCCCAGCGAAUCUUUUAAAUCACUGAAUCGUUUGGUGACAAUUCGGUGCAGAAUAUCAAGAGAGGUGACACGUUUGAAGUUUUACCAUGACUGCUUGCGGUCACACUUCUUUCCUCGUCAUCUCAUCAAGUCACUACGUUCUUGUAAAUUACCCCCAUCUCUCAAGAACCUCCGGCACAUUACAAAAUCACAUAUUGAAUCAACAGAAUCUCUGAUUUCUAAAUUGAGAACUGAAGUCCGUUCUUUCGAUGGCGUUGUCAAUAGUUUGAGUAUAGUAUGUCGGAUCAAAUUCAUCAAUUUCAUCCAAGGACUUCAACAGAAAACAUGUGAAAAUUUUUACAAAACUCUUUCGAAAUCCCUGACAAAGGAGAAAUUGUGUGACGUUUUCCCAGAAAAUCCUGAGGAGUUUAUCUGUAAUCUAUCGAGUCUGAAGUUAAAUCGCAUUGAAAAGUGGUUCUAUCAGUUGAGUGACCUCACUCCAGUUGAUGAUGACAAGAGGAGCUGGUUCAAAUCGAAGCUCGUCGACGUUGCAAAUCAAUACCUCAUUUCUCCAAUGUCAUAUUCCAAAGUCUUUUCUGAAGAGCAUCUAAGAGCAUUGAAAGCUCUCAAGAAUAAUGACAAAAUUGUUAUAUUGAGACCUGACAAAGGCUCAGGUGUGGUGCUGAUGGACAAAGAGGACUACAUCGCAAAGAUGAAAGCUGUGUUAAAUGACCCGUUGAGAUUUAAAGUUGACAGUUGCCAGAAAGAUAAGACAGAUGCAGUCGAAAAACGUAUCACAAACGCCUUGAGAGAUCUUCUAAAGAAGAAAUUGAUUGACAACAACACGUACAAUGAUUUGAAACCCUGAGGGUCCCGCUUGCCACACAUGUAUGGCGUUCCGAAGAUACACAAAGAACAAGUCCCCCUGAGACCCAUACUUUCGAUGAUCAACUCGCCCCAACAUAAGGUGGCACGUUGGCUUGCGGAGAAGUUGGAACCUAUUCGUCAACGGCUAGGCGUGCACACGGUGAAAGACUCAUUUCAUUUCUCUGAAAGUGUGAAUCACAUGAACGUUCUAAAUAACUUCAUGGUGUCAUUUGAUGUAACCUCCCUAUUCACAAUGAUUCCAGUCAAUGAAACCAUUGAAAUCAUCUGUCAGCAGUCCGAUCUUCUCCCACUCCCAGAGUCUGAAUUCAAACGCCUACUGCUUAUGUGCACCAUGGAUGUGCAAUUCCUAUUUGACAACACGUUUUACCGCCAAAUAGAUGGUGUAGCUAUGGGCAGUCCACUUAGCCCUGUUUUAGCAGAUAUAUUCAUGUCUAACCUUGAAAGAACAAAGCUGAAGCAUGCAAUCGACGAAACAUCUUCCUACUGUCGUUAUGUUGAUGACACAUUUAUAGUGUGCAAAAAUAAAAGUCAUGCUUCACACUUACUAAGAUUAUUCAAUGGUGCACACGCCAAUAUUGACUUCACUAUGGAACACGAAAGUGACGGAAAGUUUCACUUCCUCGACAUAGCCAUGGAACGCCUAGAAGACGGUAGUCUUCAAAAGUCAAUUUAUCGAAAGCCCACAUGGAAAGGACAAUACUUGCAUUUUAAUAGCUUUUGUCCACAUAGCUUUAAACGUGGUCUGGUCAAAACUUUGUACUAUAGAGCGAGGAGAAUAUGCUCUACAGAGAAACUAGAGGAGGAGUUUGAGUUCCUUGAAAAUAUAUUGAAGAGAAAUGGGUAUCCUCAAAGGUUCAUCAACAAGUAUGGAAGAUCUGAAGUCAAAAGAGUAAAACAAAUCACAGUGGAAAAAAAGCCAGUCUACCUUCAGCUUGAUUACAAAGGUGAAAAUAUUGCAGCGAUGAUCAACAGAAGGCUGAGUACAUCACUAGCCAUAGCGUAUCCUGCAGCUAAGCUCGUUCCCGUCUAUCGAACAACUUACUCUUUGGUGCAAUCGAAAAUCGAUAGAUAUCCUUCUCAUGUUACCUCCAACUGUGUAUACAAAUUUACAUGUAUCUGCGGGAGCAGUUACAUUGGAAGGACAGAAAGAAGGGCAUAUCUACGAUUUUCUGAACAUGUACCAAAAAGCUUACGUCUAAAGGGAACAAAUGCUUUAAACAGUGCCAUCACCAGGCAUCUUCUCGACACGGGUCAUGAGGUGGACGUUGAAAAGUCGUUCAAAAUUAUCAAUAAGCAAAAUAGCUCAAUUCUCCUUAAGUUUGCUGAAGCCAUUUCCAUCAAGCGCCUGAAACCUGAUUUAUGCGUCCAGAAAGAAGCGGUUAUCAGCCUUUCUUUGCCCUGGUAACUGGAUAAUUUCACCUCUCUUUCCUCCGAAUGUGAAAUGCUAAAAGUUUCCAUUGUGUUUGAUUAUUAUUGUUCGGAAUAGUGGUUAAUAUUGCAUAUUUAUAUAUGUAUAUAUUUUUAGUGUAUGAGUAUAUUGAUCGAUUGAUUUUUGUUUAAACUUAACUCUGUGCAAGUAUGUUAAAAUUGUUGUUGUAGAUAUAUUUAAUAAUGUCUUUGCCAUGUAAGCAGCUGACGAGAAGGCAACGAAAUAAAAGAUGGUACCAUUUUAUUCUGCUAAAACUGUAGUUCUUGCUUUGUUCAAAUUCAUUAAGGGGAAUAAAUGUAUGAAACAUAUAUAACCUUUUAGGAAUCAUUAGAAAUUUUCAACUAAAAGUGAAAAUAGUAAGCAAACAGGCUGUCCAAAGUCAACUAGUUCGCCAAUUUGGAUUUAACCAAUUCUCAUGUAAACAAUAAAGCAUCUUUCACCACAGGUUAUACAGCUAAAACAACAAAACAAUAUAUUCUAAUCUUAAGAAGACACUAGCAACAGUAAAGCAAUGAUAUUACAUACCGGUCCAGGAGACAUUCGUAAAGA